AUGGUUGAACUUCGAGAUCUCACCAACAGCCAGCUUUCUGGUCCUGCCGUUUUCUUAUUCGGUCCUCUCGCGUUGUCCUUCAACAGCGAUUCAUUUGCUCAGCUGCGCAAAUCCAUCGUCGAGAAUGAGGGCCACAAAUGGGCCGUCGAUACCAUCAUUAGUCUACCCCAAUAUUGGAAGACUAUUGUCGCAGCCAUUCCUGGCCUUGAGACUGCAACCGAGUUGGAGAAGCUGGAAAACCUCAAGGAGGCCUUCUCCACCGGGCAGUCUCUGAAGACUCAAUUCCCGUUGCCGAAUACUCUUUUGAUUCCUCUUGUUGUUAUCCUGCAUCUCACGCAAUAUGCAUCAUUCAUCAAGCACAAUAAUGCUGAAUUGGAUAAUGGCGUUGAUGUUUUUGCUUUGUCCAAAGACGGCCAGGAAACACUCGGUCUCUGCACUGGGCUGUUGAGUUCUCUGGCCGUCUCGUCCGCUCGAAACAAGGCAGAGUUUGAGAAAUACUCCGCCGUUGCUGUUCGUCUCGGUCUGCUCAUUGGCAUGGUGGUUGAUGCACAGGAUGCCGCCACAGAUUUUGGCCCAUCCAAAUCCCUUACUGCGGCUUGGAACUCCGCUGAGAAGGCCGAGGAAACGCAACGUAUCCUGAAGGGCUUCCCUCAUACUUACGUGUCCGUAAACUAUGAUGAGGAUCGCGCUACUAUUACCACAUUAGCAUCGAGUAUCUCCGAAAUUCAGCUGCAGCUACGAGCUUGUGGCGUCAUCACAGCAGAAGUCGGGCUGUAUGGACGGUUCCAUGCUGACGACCACCGCGACCUUCUCUCGGAAAUCUUGAAGUUCUGCGACUUUCACUUCGACUUCCGGUUCCCACCUGCGUCUGAGCUGAUCAUCCCGACUCGAUCUAAUGCCGGGGGAGCGUUAAUCACAGACGGUUCACUGCACCACCACGCUUUGCGCUCUAUUCUACUAGAGCCACCCAAAUGGUUCGACACUUUCACAGCUCUCUGUGGAAGCACAUUGAGCAACAACGAUGUAAAAGUCAUCUCGUUUGGCCCCGAGCGCUCCGUACCACCCUCCAUUUUGCGUGGACUUGGUCAACGUGUCAUCAACUUCGUGGAUUUCGAGAAGUCUCAACAGAAGCAGCGCAAUUUCACCUCGAACGACAUUGCUGUUGUCGGUAUGUCAUGCAAGGUGGCCGGUGCCGACAAUCUCGAGGAAUUCUGGGAUCUUCUGUGCACAGGCAAAUCGCAACACAAAGAGGUUCCUAAAGAGCGAUUCGGGUUUGAGACUCCUUUUCGCGAUGUCGAUUCGAAGAGAAAGUGGUUCGGGAAUUUCAUCAACGGCCAUGAUGAGUUUGACCACAAGUUCUUCAAAAGAAGUCCUCGAGAGAGCGCUACUAUGGAUCCUCAGCAGCGUCACUUUUUGCAGAUUGCUUACCAGUCCGUUGAACAGUCGGGAUACUUUCAUAAUGCUAGCCAAGACAAGCAUAUUGGGUGCUAUGUCGGUGUCUGCGCGUGUGACUACGAAAGUAACAUCGCUUGUCACGCACCUAACGCCUUCUCAGCUACUGGCAAUCUUCAAGGAUUCAUUGCGGGCAAGGUCAGCCAUUUAUUCGGAUGGACUGGGCCAGGCUUGACAGUUGAUACUGCCUGCUCUUCCUCUGCUGUCGCUGUUCACUCCGCAUGCAAGGCUAUUCUCAGUGGAGAAUGCACUGCUGCUCUGGCUGGUGGUACACACGUUAUGACGAAUCCGCUGUGGUUCCAGAAUCUCUCCGGGGCUUCAUUCCUGAGCACAACUGGUCAAUGCAAGCCCUUCGAUGCGAAAGCAGACGGCUACUGCCGUGGCGAGGGUAUCGCUUCAGUUUUCCUGAAGAAGUUGUCUGCAGCCAUCGACGAUGGUGAUCAGAUCUUGGGUGUCAUCGCCGCAUCUGCAGUCCAGCAGAACGAAAACUGUACUCCAAUUUUCGUCCCAAACAUACCAUCUCUUUCAGACUUGUUCCGCAAGGUCACGAAACAAGCUGGUCUUCAACCUAGCGAUAUCUCGGUUGUUGAGGCUCAUGGAACUGGAACAGCCGUUGGUGAUCCUGCCGAGUAUGGAAGCAUUCGCUCUGUGUUAGGUGGCUCUGUUCGGACGAAGCCUCUCACUCUCAGCUCUGUCAAGGGCCUGGUUGGUCACACUGAGUGCACUUCAGGCAUUGUCUCGAUGAUCAAGGUUCUGCUUAUGAUUCAGAAGGGAAUGAUCCCGCCACAGGCCAGCUUCAGCGCCAUCAAUUCUGCGAUCGGCGCCACCCCUGGGGACAAGAUCAGCAUUCCAACCAGUGUGCAGACCUGGAAUGCAGACUUCCGAGCAGCGCUCAUUAACAAUUAUGGCGCUUCUGGAUCUAAUGCAUCAUUGGUUAUCACUCAGCCGCCUGCUGCUCGGGCGAGAUCCACUAUUGAAGCAGGCCAGGCUGGUGUUGCAUACCCCUUCCGAUUCUGCGGUCUCGAUGAUCCGAGCCUUCGUCGUUAUACUGUGGCUUUCAGGAAGUUUAUCAGCCAUCCAGAUGCAUCGAUCAAGGAUUUUUCCCUUUCAAAUGUUGCUUUCAACCUGAACCGCCAGAGCAACCGUCAGCUUGAGCGUACUCUGAUCUUCAGCGCUCAGUCUUUGGCUGACCUACAGGAGAAGCUUGUUUCAUACGAAAAUGGCAGCCCAAGUAUGGUGUCGCUGCCAUCUCCAAAUGCACGACCGACUGUCUUGUGCUUUGGUGGCCAGGUCUCCACAUUCGUCGGAUUAGACCGAGCAGUGUAUGAACGGGUCGCUGUCUUCCGGAAACACCUAGACACAGUGAAUGCUGUUGCUCGCUCCUUAGGUGCUAGCAGCAUCUAUCCAAACAUCUUCUCCCGAACGGCUAUUUCAGACACUGUUCAGCUUCAGGUUGUUUUGUUUGCUACGCAGUAUGCCUGUGCUCGUAGCUGGAUUGACUCGGGUGUCGAGCCAGUUGCAGUGGUCGGUCACAGCUUCGGAGAGCUUACUGCACUUUGCAUUUCACAGAUCUUGUCCUUGGAGGAUACAAUCAAGAUGAUCAUUUACAGAGCAACCCUUAUUCGAGAUUCUUGGGGCAGUGACAAGGGCGCGAUGGUGGCAGUGGAAGGUGACUUGGUUGAGGUUGAAAAGCUGGUCAGCGAAUCAAACAAGGCCUGCGAUGGCAUCGAGCCUGCCAGCAUUGCAUGUUAUAAUGGGCCAAGAAGCUUCACUCUUGCGGGCCCUACGGCUGCUAUUGAUGUAAUUGCGCAGAAAUUAUCUCUUCCUUCUUUCUCGGCCAUGAAACACAAGAGACUGAAUGUCUCAAACGCUUUUCAUUCUGUCUUGCUUGAUCCUCUUCUUGAUCGCCUUGAGCAGAGUGCCCAGCAGCUCACAUUCCGCCACGCUAUUAUUCCGAUGGAGAGAGCAACUGAGGUCCACACUGGAGAGAAGUUGAAUGCCAAGUUCGUGCCUGAGCACAUCCGCUCCCCGGUGUUCUUUAACCACGCUCUCCAAAGGCUAGCAAAGAAGUACCCGGAAUGUGUAUUCUUGGAAGCUGGAUCGAACUCCACCAUUACCAACAUGGCAAGCCGAGCUCUCGGUAACCCUAGCAGCUCACACUUCCAAGCGAUCAACAUUACCAGCGACAAUGCCUGGAACAACUUGACCUCCGCUACUCUGAGUCUGUGGAAAGCAGGCGUUAGCACACAAUUCUGGGCUCAUCAAUCUACUCAGACGAAGGAACAUUCCCCCCUUCUGCUUCCUCCGUAUCAGUUUGAGGGAGCGCACCACUGGACAGAGCUGAAAUCGCCAUUGAAGAUGAUAAAGGCACCGGCUUCGCAAAAGGUGGAGUUAGAAGUUAACAAGCUUCCGGACACUCUCCUAACAUUUGUUGGCUACGAAGACACUGCCAAGCAUGUCGCAAAGUUCCGGGUAAACACCAUGAUCCCUAAAUACGAGAAGCUUAUCGAAGGUCACGUCAUUGCUCAGACAGCACCUAUCUGCCCUGCCACUAUCCAGCUUGAGUUGGCUAUAGAGGCAGUUCGGAUUCUCAGGCCAGAUUUGGCUGGUUCUGGGCUGGAGCCUCAAAUCCAUGCUGUAGAGAACCAGUCUCCUGUCUGUAUCAACCCGUCCCGUGCUGUAUGGAUUGAGCUCACUGCACACGACAACACCCAAAGCCCCUCUUGGGAGUUCCAUGUCUUCAGCGAUGAUUUGCAACGUGGUGGCGUUUCCAAGACAAUGCACACGACUGGUAUGAUCGCCUUCCGAUCAGUUGAGGACUCAGCCUUCAAGCUUGAGUUCGCUCGGUACGAGCGUCAUUUCAGCCACCAGCGCUGUGUCGAUAUGCUACAAAGCGGUGAUGUCGACGAAAUCCUCCGCAGUCACAAUAUUUACAAGAUGUUCUCGGGUGUCGUUGAUUAUGCCGAGGAGUACCGUGGAGUCCAAAAGCUUGUCAGUAAGGGAGCGCAGUCAGCUGGCUAUGUGGUCAAGAAGUACAACCCAGAGACAUGGCUUGAUGGCCACUUGGCAGACAGCUUUUGUCAGGUUGGUGGGGUAUAUGUCAACUGUAUGGCUAAUCAAGUACCUACCGAUAUGUUCAUUGCCAAUGGCAUCGAGCAAUGGAUCCGAUCACCCAAGAUUCGUCAAAGUGACCCAAGACCAGAGGCCUACCAUGUGCUGGCUACACACCAUAGCCCUUCGAACCAGUCCUUCCUAACGGAUGUGUUUGUUUUCAAUUCCGACGAUGGUUCCCUGGUCGAGGUCAUUCUUGGAAUCAGCUAUGUCAGAGUUUCCAAAGCCUCAAUGAGUAAGCUUCUGACUCGCCUCACUAUUCGGGACGGUCAGUCCGCUCCUGUCAGCCUGAAAGCUCCAGUGGAGCGACCUACGCUGGAUCUUUUUGCGGUCCAACCAAAUGUUAAAAUUGCUCCUCCAUUGAACACGGCAGUCCAGGAGCCAAAGUCCCCCAAGCCAGCCAAGGUCGAAGCUCUACCUCCCAAGGUUGAUGUGGUACCCAGAGUCAAGGCCAUCCUUGCUGAUCUGUCUGGUCUGGAGCUCCACGAGAUCAAGGAUGACAGCGAGCUUGCCGAGCUCGGUAUCGACUCCCUAAUGGGUAUGGAGAUGGCACACGAGAUUGAAGCUGAAUUCAAUAUCGAGCUUCCGGAGAGUGAACUCAUGAAGAUUGUCGACAUGCCGUCCUUGAUCAAUUGCGUGAAAAGUUUUGUCUGUGGCGCGCCAAGCACCGACGCAACUGAGCAGGAAUUGGAUGAGAGCGAUGGAAGAUCAUCUCACGAUACUGCGCCAAGCACUCCAGUUGAUCCUGGCGAUCUAGACAAGUCGCUUGAUGACCUCAAAUCUACCGCUGGCUUAAAUCUGCCAUUUGCCACUGUGAUGGAAGCUUUUAACGAGACAAAGAGCCUGACCGAUAAAAGGAUUGCCGAACACGGUCAAACCAAUUAUGUCGACACUGUUUUACCCGCACAAACAGAGAUGUGCGUGGCACUCACACUAGAGGCAUUCGAGCAGCUCGGUGUUAGGUUCGGUACAGCCAAGCCUGGUCAGAGGUUCGCACGAAUUUCGCACCCGAAGGAACAUUCCCGCUUGGUUAGCUACCUCUACCAGAUGCUAGAGGAUGCUGCAGGUCUUAUCAACGUGGAUGGCGAAACUAUCACCCGCACGGCAGCCCCAGCUCCGACAAAGUCCAGCAAGGAGCUAUUGGCCGAUCUGCUUUGUCGCUUCCCGGAUCAGAGCACUGCUGAUAAGCUCACCUUCUAUACUGGAUCCCAUCUUGCGGAGGUCUUGCGUGGUGAGACAGAUGGCAUCAAGCUCAUCUUCGGUACCUCUGAAGGUCGGGAGUUGGUUUCCGGUCUUUAUGCAGAAUGGCCUAUUAAUCGUCUGAUGUACAAGCAGAUGGAGGACUUCCUUGGUCGACUGGCCUCCAAGCUUGACGUCAACGAUGGUCCCAUCAAAAUUCUCGAGAUGGGUGCCGGUACUGGUGGUACAACGCGCUGGUUGCUGCCACUUCUGGCUUCACUAAACUUACCAGUUGAGUAUACUUUCACCGACCUGGCUCCUUCCUUUGUUGCAGCAGCGAGGAAGAAGUUCGGAAAGCAGUACCCUUUUAUGAAGUUUCGAACCCAUGACAUUGAGAAGGUUCCAGCCGACGAUCUCAUCGGCACACAACACAUUAUCCUCGCCAGCAACGCUGUUCAUGCGACACACAGCCUGAGCGUAUCAGCUAAGAACAUUCGCAAGGCGCUCCGCCCUGAUGGGUUCCUCAUGAUGAUCGAGAUGACCGGCACUUUGUACUGGGUGGAUAUUAUCUUUGGCCUCUUUGAGGGCUGGUGGUACUUUGACGAUGGCCGCACACACGCUGUCACUCACGAAUCUCGAUGGGAGAAAGAUCUCCAAGCUGUCGGAUACGGUCAUGUUGACUGGACUGACGGCGACCGUCCGGAAAACAAGCUCGAGCGGCUGAUUGUGGCCUUUGCCUCGGGCGACAGGUAUGAACGACUUGAAACCCCCCGACUGGUAAAGGGUCCAUCAGCUGACCUUGUAGCACGGCAAGAAGUUGUUGAUCGUUAUAUUUGCGAUAUGACCGCCGGUUUCGACGAUGCUGUUAACGAUUCUUCGAUAUCAUUUUCUGGCGGUCAAUCCAGUUAUCCUAGUGGCCGGUGUGUUCUGGUGACGGGCGCCACGGGCAGUUUGGGAUGCCAUCUCGUUGCGAAGUUUGCGUCCUUGCCAGACGUGACUCAAGUUAUCUGUCUCAAUCGGCGGAGUCGACAGGAUGCGGAGUCGCGCCAGACCCAGUCUCUUCUCAAGAAGGGUAUCGUUCUCCCAACAGAGGCUGCUCACAAGCUCUGUGUCUUCGAGACGGACAUGUCCAAACCACAAUUAGGCCUAUCGAGUGAUGAGUAUGAAAGCCUCGUCCGAAAGGUUACACAUGUUGUGCACAAUGCAUGGCUCAUGAAUGCCAAGUGGCCGAUCAAGAACUUUGAGCCACAGUUGCGAAUCAUGCGCAAUCUGCUCGAUUUCGCCCGAGAUAUCUCUAUCAUUCGACCCCCGGGCACAAAAGUCACGUUCCAGUUCAUCUCUUCAAUCGCGACCGUCGGCCAUUGGCCCCUUUGGACCGGACGUCCAAGCGUUCCUGAAGAACGCAUGACAAUUGACUCUGUACUUCCGACUGGCUAUGGUGACGCGAAGUACAUCUGCGAGUUAAUGCUUGAUGAGACUCUCCAUCGCCACCCAGACCGGUUCCGAGCGAUGGCUGUCCGCCUCGGUCAAGUCGCUGGCUCCAGCACAAGCGGCUACUGGAAUCCAACUGAGCACCUCCCGUUUGUGAUCAAGUCCUCUCAGACUCUGAAGGCUCUUCCUGACUUCGAUGGCCUUCUCUCCUGGACUCCAGUGAAUGCUGUUGCAAGCACGCUUGUUGAUUUGGCUUCGCUGCCGGAGAAUGAGACGUUGUACCCAAUUUAUCACAUCGAUAACCCCAUUCGCCAGGCAUGGAAGGAGAUGAUCCCUUGUUUGGCCGAGACGCUGUCUAUUCCGUCGACUGGUGUAAUCCCCUUUGAUGACUGGGUGCAGCGCGUCAAGGAUCAUCCGCGACAGGUGGAGGGUCCAGAAGGCGAGAAUCCGGCGAUCUUGUUGAUUGACUUUUUAGAUGCCAAUUUCCUGCGCAUGUCUUGUGGUGGAUUAUUGCUGGAAACGAAGAAGGCACGUGAGCACUCUCCCUCACUGGCAAAUCUGGGCCCAGUUAGUGAUGAAGUGACGAUGUUAUUUGUUGAAAGUUGGAAGAAAAUGGGGUUUUUGGUUUGA